UAUCAGGGUGAUCUUUUGGGUCAAAGUUGGUUCGACAUACUUCAUCCGAAGGACGUGGCCAAAGUAAAGGAGCAAUUAUCCUCGUCAGAUUUAAGUCCACGAGAACGACUGAUUGAUGCGAAAACUAUGUUACCAGUGAAAACUGACGUUCCGCAAGGCGUGUCCCGACUUUGUCCAGGUGCUAGGAGAUCCUUCUUUUGUCGAAUGAAACGUAAAGUUGAAGGAGUUAGAUGCAACGAGUUACAAGUUAAAGAAGAAGCCGACACGACUACAGGUUGUCACAGACGAAAGAAACAACAAAAUGUCGAUUGGAAGUAUUGCGUGAUACAAUGUACUGGUUACUUGAAGUCAUGGGCACCAGCAAAAAUUGGUUUGGAAGAACAAGAAGGAGAAACCGAUGGGGAAGCUUGCAAUUUGUCGUGUUUGGUUGCAGUCGGUCGAAUUCAAAGCGUACUUCCAACACCGUCGACCUCACCAAGAAGACCACGUCUUCGAACGAUAGAAUUUAUCUCGAGACAUGCCAUGGACGGGAAAUUCUUAUUCGUGGAUCAAAGAGCCACAUUGGUACUUGGUUUUCUCCCUCAGGAACUUUUGGGUACGAGCAUGUAUGAAUAUUAUCACCACGAUGAUAUACCACACCUCGCAGAAUCACACAAAGCUGCAUUACAAUCUUCCGAGCGUGUUACAACCCAAGUCUAUAGGUUUCGAAAUAAAAGUUCGAAUUUUGUGAGGCUACAGUCUGAAUGGAAAUCCUUUAAGAAUCCAUGGACCAAAGAUAUUGAAUAUUUGAUAGCCAAGAACUCAGCCGUUUAUUGUGACAUUCGACAAGCUGGAAAUAGUACGAAUAAAUCUGAAGAUUCCAGCGUGCAAGAAAAUUAUGAAUACUUUGCUCAAAGCAAUGGCGGCUUGGAAAGACUUAUCACGAGUCAUGUAGAGGUAAGUAAAAUUGGACGACAAAUAGCGGAAAACGUAUUGGAUCUUCAAAGACGUGGUGAAGAUUCAUCCUCGGGAAGUAGUCCAUGCCCAGGUGUAGAAUCCGCAUUGUUAAAUACCGAGGGAUCAUCUUUCCGACCUAAGUCGCAGAUUACGACCACCGCUUCACCAAAAAGAAUUCACGAGGUCCCACAAGCAGGAAUAAGUGCUGAUAACAGCAGUAGCAACCCAACGUCCACGUACAACCAUGUAGCCAACAACGUUCAACUCAACAGCAUCGCGAACGACCAAGGACCGUUACCAGACGAGGAUAUGAUGGAAAUGAUCGGUGGGACUACCAUUAAUGAGUCCCCAAAUCCAGUCCCCUCCGAUGGAAAUGACGAAGCAGCUAUGGCUGUGAUCAUGAGUCUUCUGGAAGCUGAUGCUGGUUUAGGUGGACCUGUUGAUUUCACCGGAUUACCUUGGCCUCUACCAUAAUGUGAAUUACUUUAGUGAUUUUCUUAUAAAGUAACUUCUUCUUUUUUUUAUUUUAUUUUACUUUUUCUUUUUCGUUACCUCCAUUUCGUAUUAGUGAACAUAUUUGUAUAAGAGUCGUUAGUGAAAAAGUGUAUAUACUAUAUAUGACUAUUCCAUGUACCUGUAAUCGAAAUUUUGACAAAAACAUUUUUUCAACAUUCAAGUAUAUAUAUAUAGAUGAAUUCUAUGAAUCUUUCAAGUAUUUCGAUUAAAUGGUACACUUAUGUUAGUAAGAACUUUAUAAUGCUUGUUCUCUUGACGUAUAGAGUUAUACAUGGUGCUAAAGUGGUGUUUCGUGGAAUACAGAUCAGUGACAAUUGAUGUCCACGUUUUAUGAACGUUCCUUAGCAUUUAUUGUUAUGUUACAAACAAACAAACAAAACAGAAUAACACGACAGAGUAUUUUGACAUUUUAUGUGCUUAAAAUUAAAUAAUACUACAUGGAAAAAAAAGAAUGUAUCAUUCAUAAUGUUUAGAAACAGAGACUUUUAUAUGUAAGACAACAUCUUAUGUCUGUCAAAUUUAGUUUCUAUAAAAUAAUUUAUUUAACAUUAAUAUGCGAUAUUGUCAAAAAUAUCCUAUGAGGAAUAGUGUUGAUGAUGAUGAAAAAUGGAAAUCAAAUUUUUCAAUGUUUUUCAAUUUUGCUAAAAAUAAUGAUAGACGCUAUAAUUGUAAAUAAUAUAGAAAGGUCUCUAUUAUUGUAACAUGAUGCUAAGUGUACCUAAUUAAUAUUUAAGAAUUUCAGCAUCGACUUGAAGAUAUCUUUCUCAUACUAUUGUGGAAUUAAUUAUGGUGUUUAGAGUAUUGCGGAUGUCAAUAUUGUGCAAUAUAAGGAUUCCUAAUGAUGAAUUCCCUACAAAAUUAUAAUGUUAAUUUUUCAAAUAUGUGUUAUGUAAGUAUUUGUAACUGAUGUGAUUACAUGUCCGAGAAAUCAUUGAAUUUUAAA